GUAGUGUCCCUAGCUACUGUUGCUAAGAUUGUGGGUCGCCGGAGGUGGUGGGAGUUAGUUUUGGCAACCAGGGCCUAAGAGAGGUCAAGGGUCAUUGCAGAGCCAGGGAGGAGAUGGUGAAGCAGACGAUCCAGAUAUUCGCAAGGGUGAAGCCCCCUGUCCGGAAGCACCAACAAGGGAUUUAUUCCAUAGAUGAAGAUGAAAAAUUAAUACCUAGCUUGGAAAUUAUCUUACCACGUGAUUUGGCAGAUGGGUUUGUGAAUAAUAAGCGAGAAAGCUACAAAUUUAAAUUUCAAAGAAUUUUUGAUCAGGAUGCAAACCAAGAGACCAUUUUUGAAAACAUUGCCAAACCAGUUGCUGGGAGUCCUACAGAAACUGGAUCAACCCAGCAAGUCUACAGUUCCCAAGGUCUUCAAGAUGAGGCACCAGUGCAGUUAUAUAGUAUUUUUCCCCCAAAGUGGCAUGUUUUAAACUGACAGAUUUUCAGUGUUCCAUUUGAUGCUAAUAUUUUCUUCUAACAAUAGCUUUUCUCUUAAUGAUGCAUUUUACUUACGUAAACAUUUUUUUCUCAUAAAAACUUAGCCAUUUUGCUUUUUAUUAAUGGAAUCACCACCAAGCAAUCUUUAUAAGAUUGUCAUUUAUAUGGCUACAUUAAAUCACACAGUUCUGUUUUCAUACAUAGAAAUUCUAAUAAUAUAAAAAUUAUGUAGCCAAAACAUUGAAACUUUUAUACAUGAAAAGCUUGAGUCACAGAAACCUAGGGUUGAAAGGAACUUCAAGUUCUUUAGCCUUCCCCUAAGAAGUAUAACUUACAAAAGUGAGCAGAAGUUUUUAUAUAUUCACUUGCCUUUAGGCUCUUACUUUAACUCCACGCUGAGCACUUUCGACACUGACUUUUUUUGAGAAAGGUUACCAUAAGGGAGCUUUCCCCUUUCUGCUCCCUCAAAUGCAUCUCUCUUUUUUCUUAGCCUCUCUUCCUUUCUUCUUCUCUCAGAAAUAUUUCUCUUUACUAUCCUUACUACUUGGAGCUUUGUUUCUAGCUAAGUUUGCUUCUUUCAGAAGUUUAUCUCCUAAUUCAGUUCCAACCAGGGUUGCCAGAUGUAGGAAAUGAAAAAUAUAGGACACCCAGUUAAAUGUGAAUUUCAGACAAAUGGUGAGCACAUUUUUAGUAUAGAUAUGUCCCAAAUGUGGCAUGGGUCAUACCCAUAAAAUUAUUCAUUGUUUCUCUGAAAUUCAAAUUGAACUGUAUUUUAUUGGACAACCCUAUGUAAAACCCUUAUCCCUGCGACCUUGUCUGUAAAUUUCCUUUGCUGAAGUUCGCAUCUCCAUCAGUGGACUGAACUACGCAGAGGACCCUCUUCUGUGACUUCAUUUUCCUCUGCCUGCAGCCAUUUCCAUCUGAAUCCUGUUCUGUUCUCCCCUUGCUGGUUUCUCAGCUUCGCUGCAGUCCCCCAUCGGCCUCUCUUCUUGAGCUCUCUCCUGUUGGUGGCACAGCAGUGUUUAUUAUGCUUGACACUCCUAGGUUACUUUGAGUCCUCCUUUACUCUUGUCCUAGCCAAUAACAAGUCCUGUUCAUUUUUCUUCCAUGGGGAAUCGUUCCCUCCUUCCCUCUUUGUCUUUACCUCCCCUUCCCCUUCUCCCUACUGUCUGUCCCUGCUUGUCUGUUCCCUGCACUGCCCUCAUUCAGGUUUCUGCCCACCUGCUUGCCCACCCAGCCUCCUGCUCUAGACGCUCCCUGUCCAGGCCAUCUUGCACUGACUGGUUAAUCAUUCAGAAAUAUUGUACCAAUUCUACUCAUUCCGUUCUUCAGUGACUUACUAUUGUCCGCAGAAUGAAGUACAAAUUCCUUAUUCGAGGCCUCACAUGCAGGAACUUUCCAAAUUGUCCUCUUCCUAUUUCCCUGGUGCCAUUGACAUCAUUACUUUGCAUCAGUGCUUAUCACCCUUUCAGAUGCUCUCACUCUUUCACUGUAAUAUAUUAUUGAAAACUCCCUUCGGGAACUUUUAAAUUAGCAAUCAUUUGGCAUACAGAUAAAAGGAAGUAUUAUUUUAGUUUAUAUCGCUGUAUUAGUAAAUGUUACAUUCUAUAGUUUAUCCUAAUACAAUUUAAUAAUAUUCACAUUAUAUAAAUAGCAAGAAAUGCUUUGACUUUUUCCUAUUUAACAAAUGACACACACUUUCUUAUGUUUUGAAUUAAUUAGGUAAUUUAAAAUGUGAUUUUUAAAUAAAAUUUAAAAUGGCA